AUGGCUCCAUUUAAGAAAGGAAGCAAGGUCCGGGUUUUGGUUCGUUUGCGACCAGAACGUUCUGAAUUCAAGGCAAAUGAAAGGGACAAUCGCAGUAACAUGCCUGAUCGAUGUGUUCGAGCUGUCGAUUCCUCGACACUCGAGCUGUGGAACUGUAGAAAUUCUGAAGAAUCGAUUCGCUACAGGUGGGAAAGAAAAACUUUCUGGCUUUAUUUUUGUUACCUCGGAUGAGCUUAUGGCCUGGGAUAGCCUGAACCGUAAUUCUUCAUUUCAGUACAAGUUUGUUUUCAUUACAAGUCGUUCUGCGAUGAAUUAUAUUGAGAGGUGUAAAUAGUUAAUGCUUAGUGGCGUAUAGUAGUUGCCUUAUAGAACGAGAAAUAUUCACGCUAUAAUAUGUUUUUCUUGUUCACGCUCUUAUCAAGAUUGUUGUGCAGUUUGUGUAUCAAUUAAAACGAACGGUUCCCCCCCUGCCCCCUUAUCAGUAGGAUUGGCCAUAGGACGUUCCAUUUUUUAUCCGCACCCCUCUAAGGAUGACGGGUUUUCGAAUAUGGGGGUUCGGAUUUUUUCUUCAAAGAAGCCGACAAAAUUUGGUCCCUUCAAUGGUAGAUUUCAAGGAAAUGAAAGCAAAGUUUUGAAGGUAUAAAGCUGUACUGAACUGCUUUUCCAACACACAUAGCCGACAGAAGCAAACUGACAAAUGUUCUUUUACAUGUAUAUCAAUUUUUGCUCUUAUUUUGAAUCUAAUCGUCCAAACUGCAUUGAUGUCUCUGCAAAAUAAAAUAGCUUCAUGGCCAAAGGCAAAACUGUCACUAACAGAAAACUGUUUGAAUGGGAAAAAAGCACGGAUAACGAACCGUCUAGAAAGAGUUCGAAUGGUUUGACUAACCGUUUGUCAAGCAGAUUUUGAACAGAUUUGCAAACCGUUCAAAAGAUCAAGAUCAUCCGUUUCAAUACAUGAAUAAAAUUGCCGAAUGAAAGAAUAAGAUAAAUUUCAAAUGUAUGGGAAAACUGCUUGAAGGGAUUAAUAAAAUAUUGUUGAAUUGAUUUGUUAAAGAAAACUGAUAAACUGGCUGCAAAAUAAUCGUUCUGAAGGGAAUGUUUAUCCGUUCUUUUAGUUGAAGUUAUUAUGGAAAUUCCCGUGAUUGAAAAAUAAAAUAGUACUUUGAUUUCUGUCUCAUCGCUCGCUAUCGACAUGAUAGCUUUUAGUCUAGUUCACUUAUGAUGAAUUUUAUUAUUCAGCAAAAAUCAGUUCGAACAGAUUGUUAAAGACAUAAGUAAUCAUUCCAAAUGGACCAGAACUGGCGAUGUUGAUUUAUUAUUUCAGUCGAUGCUUGAUAAUAAUAUUUUCAGGUUGUUUGUAGCCUGUUCCAGGCAUUCAGAUGGUGGGGAGCGGGCAAAAAUUAGUUGGGCACAGGUGAAAAAUUGACCAGGGAACUCCCCUCAUUUUUUCCCCUUGUGUUUCUUUUGGCACUCGCCACAUACGAUUUAACUUGCUCCCCACUAUCUGAACGUCUCGAACAGGCUAGGUUGUUGAAAAAUGCUUCUUCUACUCUUGUGAUGGAGAAAGGAUUUUGAUCGAUCUAUCUCAUUGCGUGGCGACAUGACUGCUUUUAGUCUAGUUCACUCAUGAUGAAAAUAAUACUAAGGUAUUUGCUUUACCAAAAUAUAUGUUCAACUUUUCAAUUCCGCUUUUGUCUUUUGAUUUAAGCAAUACAUGUGAAACAUUUUUUUGUAAAAAUCUCAGGUUAUUUCAAUACAUACAGUAAGGGAGGCUCAGAUGUUUGUAAAACCUUGUAAUCUGAUUCUGCUAUGAAAAAACAUUUCUUGUGUGCAUUCAUUCAUGGGAAAACAAAUAAUGCUACAAUCGUUUUAUUCAUUACAACGACUAUAAAUUUCAAAGAAAAAUUGGUUACUAUUAUUCAUUUGCGAUGUCUGCAUUUUUUUCCAGAUUCAAUGGUUUUUUUGGUGAAGAAAGCACCCAAGAGACGCUGUAUCACAACUCAGUCUGUCCUCUCAUUCCAUAUGUACUACAAGGUCAAAAUGCUAGUGUGUUUGCAUAUGGCCCUACGGGAGCAGGUUGGAGCAAAAUGUGUUAUUGCAACAUUUAUUUCCAUAGCUAAUCAUAGUAGAAUCAUAUAACUGUAUUUCUUCUUUUGCCUAGCCAGUGGUCCUCAGUCAGCACAGACAAGUGAAAAAAGCAAGCGAACGGUUUAAUAGCGUAUGAGGGAAAAGUGGUGGAGAGACACAAGGGGAGAGCCUGUUAGCUUUUUUUAAACACCUCAAUCCACCCACUAUCGCCUCCCCUCCAUUUCCUGAAAAACCGUUUCUUGUGUCAAAAAUGUCAAUUCAUCAAAAGGUGCAGUGAAGUCGAGGGUUUCACACGUUUAACAUGUCUGUACUAGACUCUGCGCGUGUGAAGCCAGAACUGAAGUAAAGUGUCACAAUAUUGACCAAUCAUAGCCAGUGUAUCUUAGGAGCUGGUAUACUGGAAUGAGGUAUUGAAAAUGAUGUCUACAGGGUCCACUACUCCGUACCCCCCAGCCCCCAUGCAGUUUUUGUGCAACUUUUGCCAUGUUUGCUUUCCCCACUGUCUUGGAUCCUGGUACAGGCUAUCAUUACGACAAACCCUUGAGUCAUUAUACAGGAGCAAGAACGUACAUAUAUAAUGAUUACAUAAUAUUUCAGCCGGCAAUGGAGGGCUUGGUAAACCCCUUAUUGUUUUGAUUACUUUUGUUGUUUGGAUUAUUGCAAUUUAGGUAAAACACACACGAUGGUUGGCACACCAGAUAACCCAGGAUUGAUUCCAAGAUGUGCAGCUGAACUUUUUAAAGUGAUAGAUUCACAGCAUGCAGCAACAACAGACUGGAAAUACAAGAUUUUGUUUUCCUACCUUGAGAUAUAUCAAGAAAAGGUGAUAACAUGUUUAUUUGCUAUUAACAGUACUGACAUCAGUGAAAAGAAUAUAUACACAUACUUUCCCCCAUAGGUGACAAAUUACUCCUUUUGCAAUUAUUAUAAUUAUUGGUUUGCAGUUGUUUGUUUUGUCAUUCUUAAAAGAAAAUAUUAUUUUGUGUGUAAACUACCGGACAUAUGUCAAAGAAUCAGAUGCUGUAUGUGGCAUCCAGCCUGAAACAAAACCCCUGAAUGACCACCUAAGGUGGUCAAGUGUAGAGGUUUGACGUACUUUGCCUAAAACCAAAAUGUUAUCUUUUUUUUCACCACCUGGAUUCAAAGCGCUGUAAUUACAUGACUUUUAAGUGCCUGUACAGUAGCUGAAAGUGACCACUUGCCAUAAAUGGCCAACAAAUUUUUGCCUAGGCUUGAUUUCUGCCGCUCUCUCUAAAAAGAGACUGUAGCUGGAUGCGUAAGUUGCCUGUUGUCUGUGACAUAAAUUCAAAAUUUAAUUUAUGUGUUGUUACCAAACAUCAGAAAUGGGAAAUGUCAUUAAAUACAGAACACAUGUUGUACUUUGCCUCAUCGUCACUUUGGUGUUUACCCAGAAAGAUCAGCAGAAACACAUACUGAUGGACUUGACAGUCGUCUCUUUCACAUAAGCUGUCAACAACCAUAGUUCCAUUUGGUUGAAUCUACUAUUUGCCAGCUUCUCUAAGAAAAUACUUUUCUUUGUUUAUGUAAAUAUUUUAGGUUUUAAGCUUAAAACAAUUUGAAACAUGACCCACGCCACAUCAAACAACGCCUUUGCAUCUGCUGUUUGAAAUCUUCUCUAGGAAAAUAAAAUUAUGCUGCCUGCUCCAUUUGAGCAGGCAAUGAUCUGAUUGGCUGUUAUUGAUAAUAGUAAACUCUGUUCGGGGGAGGAGCGUGGGCUCAUUUCCUGAACAACCUGGAGAUUAGGAUUGCGGGCUUCUCUUCUCGCCCACAAAAAUAUAUUUCAUCGCCAAUAUUAAAAAAAAGUAUAAUACCACACCUGUUUUAUAAAAGAUCUAUUUAGUAGCACUAAAUGUAGCUGACACCAUUUCCAGAUUCAAUAUUAUUGUCAAAAAUAUUUCCAUGAACUUUCUUUAAAGUUAGGGAAAAGUUUGAAGUUUUUUUCUCCUUUGUAUAUUUUGAUGCUCAUGUAGAUUAAUGAUCUGUUGGACCCCAAGAAGACUGACUUACCAAUAAGACAAGAUCGUCACGAAAAUAUAAUAAUCCCUAACCUAACAGAGGUAAGAGUUUUUUAGUUGAAGUGUACAUGUACUGUUAAUCCGCUUAACUACAGUAAAUGUGAUAAAUUUGUGAAAUGAAACUUAACUAUUCUAUUUCUUUUGCAGAAACUUGUACCCUCACUAAGGGAAUAUAUGGUGUUAUUUGAAAAGGCCAGUCAACAAAGGUUGGUAUGUUUCUGUUUUCAUAAGUGUUGUACACACAUCUUGAGACUAGGGAGUUACUGUAGUAGCAAAUGAGGAUUCAGAUGCAUUGAAAAAGGUUAUUAUAUUAAUCAGUCUUACUCAUAAUCCCAUAGUGCCUGUCAUUUGUCUGUAUGUCACAGUAUAAGAAAAAAAAAAUAAGAAAGCUAUUAAUAAAAAAAAUUAAAAUUUUGUAUUUCACGGUAAAAAAUAACUAUAAGAGGACUUAAAACAUGGAUACUCUGUUGACCUGAUGGCCACUUUACAUGUACAGUGUAGGCCUUAUGCAUACUUCACCUUGAGUUAAGUUGAGGCAAAUCAUUGCAUUGCACAAUUUUUACAACAUGUAGACGUUUUUAAAACUCAGCGCUCACAUACUGAGCUCUGGUUGCCUGUGUAUGAACAUGUGAUAAUUGUUGUUUUUAGAAAAACAGCUGCAACCAAGCUGAAUCCACACUCAAGUAGAAGCCACUCUAUAGUCUUAAUGAAGGUAUUCUGUCAAGAAAUCUAUGUAAUUAUGUUGCUAAUUGAGGUUCUCAACAUCAAACUACAAAUUUAUCAGCCUCGUGGGUGUGGUCAUUGAAAAAACGUAAUGCAGGGUUGUAAUCUAUUGAUUCUUCGAUUUUUCCCAGGCUGUUGUAAAUAUAAAGCUGUUGGUUUGGAGAUAAAGGAAAAAUAGAGUAUAGAGCUACAAUAGCUUGUGAAUUUCACAACUUCAUUGAAGUUGAAGGUUUUUUCAUUUUGCACAAAGUUUGGCAUCUUUCAAGUCAUUUGCUUUUCUUCGGGGGUGGGGGAACAGUUACACGUGGCCCAAACUCAUUCCACGGACUUCUCGAAUUUUUCUUCCAUCGCAAAUGUGUGGAAAGAAUCUAAGGGCUAGUCAGUGGUUAUGGAGCUUUACUAAAAUAUCAUUUCAGUCAGUCCUUUAUAGGAUGCCUGGUUUUAUUAUUUUUUUUCUUCUUUUAAAAGCGUUUGUCCGGGAAUAGUACUAAAUUUUGCUUUAAAUUUCAGGUAGAAAAGAGCCAGAAAGUAGCUCCAUUCACUAAGCUUAGCGGGAAGUUUUACUUGAUCGAUUUAGCUGGUUCCGAGGAUAAUAGGAGAACUGGAAACGAGGGAUUAAGGUAUGCAGCAAAGUUACUGGAUCUGAGUACCCUGGUCCCAGAGCUUUUCCUUGGCGUUUUUUUCCGCGUGAGAGAGAGCGAGCCGCGAAGCGGUGAAAAUGAGGCGCAAAUCUCUUCCCUCGCCUCCCCGCAGCACGCUCACUCUCUCUCACGCGGAGAAAAUUUUCAAGAACUGGGACAAGGGUAGAUCAGAGGAACGGUUCUGAGGAAUUGGUCACAGUGCAUUGGCGGACAAAUAGAAUCGGAGAAUCCCUGGUCUUAAUUACUAGUUCACGUAAAAGAAGUACUUAUCCUCGAAGACCAAAGGGUAGUUUCUAGUUCCACCGGCCAACUGCCCUUGGUUCUUUGAGGAUGACUCACGACGGCUGUGAAUAACUCCCAGACAUUCUUUUGCAAAGCAUCCUGGGGUGGUCACGUUGAGCCAUUGGUUCAAUUGCAGGUGAAAUUAACACAGAUAUCUUUGCAAGGAGAAGGGGCGCGCAGUGAACGUCAAAGAAAUGUACCAAAAAAGUGAUGCGCGUAUGGAACUGUUGUCUUGCUCAUAAAACCAAUUGUCAGGGCUCUUGCAGAGACUUGAAUUCUUGACAAAGUCUUGAAAUUUGCCCAACAAAUUUCCAGAUCUGAAUAAAGUCUGAAAAGUCUUGAGUUUUUUUUUUUCGAAGCUACAGCAAGUGCUUCUGAAGUGGAUUUUUUUUCGUUUUGGUACAUACUUAUAAUUCAAUCUCACCUGUUUGUUUUCAGCACACCAUGAGAUAAGCUUUGUUUCUGCGUUUUUAAGGUCUCUACUGAUCAUCUAUUUGAUAAUCUUGGGUCUGGAAAAUAAAUUGCUUUGAAAAAAGUCUUGAAUUUUGUAUCCAAAACUCUGCACCGACCAUGAAUUUAUUUAUUUUUUUUUUUUACGUCCUUGUUACCAUCGUUGUUAUGGUUGCACAAGCUUCCAAAAAAUACUUUACUUGGAAGGAAGAUGAAGUGAACUUCGGAAACAAAAGUUCUAUUUUACCCUUUUCAGUAACAAUUUAUUCUAACAAUUAUUGUUAGUGUAUAUCUACAGUUGAACCUGUGCUAUCGGCUAAUGGACACCGCUCCCAAUGAAAGGCUGUCCGCUCACGCGUAAAAGGUUCCCAAUCGAACGCACCCCUUUUGAAUUAUCAGUUUAUGUCGUUACGUUUUCACAGCCGUUGUCGUCGUCCUUGCUUAUGUAAGGUUCCUCAAGGCGCUUUCAGUUUCCACUGUCUACUGCAUGUCUGUUAAUGGCUGUCAAAGAUGCCAGUCCUCGUUAAGUGCCAGCAGAUCGUACGUACAAAAUUGAUUAUUUCUCUUCCAGGUUAAAAGAAAGUGGAGCGAUCAAUGGUUCUUUGUUUGCUCUUAGUCAAGUUGUAGAUUCUCUUAACCAGGGUCUGGUAAGACUAUACUACACUGUAUCACCUCUUAACAUUUUCAGCACUCUCAGUAAUGUAAAGAGUUAUGUAAAAUGUAAAGUGUCCCGUAAAAGAAGGGAAAAAUUGAUAUAAUACUAUUUACUUGUGGCAAGUAUGUAGUAAUAUUAAGUCUGUCCCGUUGCAGGGGUAUGACGAAGAGACGGAUUACAUUUCAGACAAGUAGGAAGCUUCGCUUCGAAAAAGAUGGGGACAGAACCAAAAAUAUGAAGGCACUAUUUUUUUCAGCCACCUUUGUCUUUGCAUAAUCAUUGUUUUCGAUUUCUCUUUGGACGACUGAAACAAUGGUUAUGCCAUUCUUUAUUUUAUUUUUAUGGUUGGGGGGUGGGGUGGGGGACAAGGUGCAUUAUGGUCUACAUGUGUAUGUGAAAAUGAUGAAUGAUCCUGUUCAGAAUUGCAUUUAGAGGAACAGAAGCUCUGCUCGACUGCUUUUGAACUUGUCUUGUCGCUAUAAAAGCUGAUGCACUACACCAUAAAGAUCGGCUGCAUAGGAUGAGACUUUACGUAAAAGCUAUUUUAACUUAAACCGUCCAACAAGUCAUCUGAUUUCAUUCGAUUUGUUUCUGAUUUCUUUUUAUAAGUCAAGGAUACCGUAUAGGAACAGCAAACUGACUCGCCUUCUUCAGGUACGUAGAAAACUGUAUAAGAGGUUUAACUUCUUAUAUCGUUAUGGCAAUGCCGAAAACGUACAUGUAUAUCCCUACGUUAUAAUUGUAGCUUGUCUGGGCGUAUGUGAAAGGUGCCUUUCUUUAAAAGCGCAUCAACAACAACAACAAACAGCAACAAAUUUAUUUAUUGUACCCAAAGCAGAAUAUUAUAGUUAUUUUACAAGUUGUUAAAUUAAUCAAUUAACUAAAAGGGGUACUGACUUCCUGAAAUAACUAAUAAGUUAAAAAUGCCAAGAAGCCAGAUUCAGUAAGAUAAUUUAAAUAAGUUUAUUGUGCGGAGUACAAUAUGGCAGCAUAUCAGACUGUAUACACAUAAACACACAGAUAUACACAUAUACACUAGCACUUGUUACGGUAAUAAGAGCGAAAAAGUAGGAAGGAAGUUACGAAGUACAAGAUAAUUGCCAAAAUUAGUACUUUCAGAGGAGCAAGCUUUUCGUCGAAAGUCGCUCGUAGUUCUUCCACACUUAUAUGAUUUGCAGACAUAUUAACACAGAAAUGACAAUUAGACAGACUUACACGACAGAAAAAUAAGUAAAAUAUUGAAAAUUGGGUUAGAAUGUCACACGAAGAAAAAUCGCGACCAUCUUGUUUCACCACCGCUGAGCAUCACAUUUAGCCUGCCUCAUAGACGUAAUCUAACGGCGGCAAGACGUCUGCGAAGCAGUGCCGCGAUCCUUGUUCUGGGACCUCAGCGGACUCAACGAAUUAACGGAAGUAUGUUUAUAAUUUCCCUUUAAACUGAUCGGCAAAUCGACAAUGGCUUUUUUGACAGGCCAUCCAUCGCCUGAAGUCAAAUCACAGUGAAUGGGUGCGGCGCUGGCUCGCAGACAGACUUACACCAGACGUUUGGUUUCGUCUGUGGCACAGGCUAAACACAUUCAGUGUCAACGAAUUUACUAGAAAGAGUUCGAAGCGAAAUGAUAACAUCGCUUUCACGGAUUUCCAUAAUUAGAAACAACUCGUAAACGUUCAUUCUUCUUCAAGUAUUUGCUGUAAUGUCACGUUUCUGGCAGGACGUAACAAUGUCUCUUUAUCUGAGCUGAGAUCAUGAUACACUUGUAUCAUUGAAGCUUAUUAGUUGUAGGAAUCGACAGAGUGUGUGUGUGUGUGUGUGUGUGUAUGUGUGUGUGUGUGUGUGUGUGUGUGUGUGUGUCAAUAAUAAAUUUCAUGAUUAUGGUGUACUUUUUUUCUAGGAUUCCUUGGGUGGAUCAGCGCAUGCUUGUGUAAUUGCAAACAUUGCACCUGAAAGAAGGUUUUACUCGGAUACAGUCAACACUUUGAACUUUGCUACUAAGUCCAGAACAAUUGUCAAUGAGCCUUUUGUGAGGCGAACAGUCGGUAAGUGGUAUUUAUAUACCUUUUUUCCAAUAGCGUAAUACAGAUACUUGUGCUCUGUUUCUUCAAAGAUAAACCUGUUGUGAACGCUCUCUUAGGGUCGGAUACAAGAUUCAGGGUUCGUACAGUCUUGAAUUCUUGAAAAAGUCUUGAAAUUUGCCCAGAAAUUUUCCAGAAAUGGAAAUAGUCUGGAAAAUAGAGAUUAAGUCAGUCUGAUUAAGUCUGGGGAUUUUUCUUUCCAAGCUACUACAAGUGCUUUAUUAGUGAAUUAUUUUUUUCGUUUUGGUCAAAUCUUAUUCAAUCUUACACGCACGUUUGCUGCACGCCAUGAAAAAAGCUUUGUUCCUGCGUCUGUUUACUUGAUAGUCACUUGCACCAUAAAGCGGGUCCCGCCAGUACUUUUUCACAGGCUGUCUAUUGAGAGUUCGAUAUCUCCAUAAUAUUUUUACUCCGCAGGAGAGAAUUUUCAGGUAAAAUUCUGCGAAUAUUGUAAUGGAUCGGUCAACUCUAAGAACGCCCAUCCCGCACCCUCUUUGUCAUUUCCCGGACAUGAGAUAAAAAAAAAUAAUAACUUUAUUUACCGAGGGUGACACAUUACAGUUAAGAACUGGUAAACUUGUGGCCCUCCCCUAAAAUAUAUAAAGCUAAUUUACAAAUAUUAAAAAGGGUAAAAGCAGUUAAAAAAAGGUAAAAACGGGUAAAAAAAAACAUUGUCAAGUCUUGAGUUCCCAGCUUUUGGCAUUUGACUUACUAUUGGAUGGGCCAUAUAUUUUUGUUGAAUUCUAUAUUUUCGGUAGCCUGCGUGGCAGGCGUUAAAAGUGGAAGGGUGAGGGAGAAUUCGAGCGCGCGAGGAGGAGGAGGAAAAAGGUACGGUCCUUGCUGGCAUUCCUUCCCCCAACCUCCAUUCUCCCUCCUCUUCCCAUUUUAACGUCUUUCAUACAGGCUACAUUUUCGAUAGACUGCUUGCAGUCCACCUUUUUCUCUUAAAAUCCCAGCCAGCGCAAUUGCAAACAACAAUAAGGAUUUAGGACUCGGGCUCACGCCCUCAUUUAUCGCGGCUCUCGUACAUGGAUUACGCGUGCAGUAACUUUACAGAGAAAAAAAAAACAGAGACAUCUUGCAGUCUACAUUUUCGACUACUUUUAAAAAGCAACUUUGUGCAUGGUGUGUAAAGAAUAAGUAAGACAACGACUUUCUUUUUCUUUUCCUGAACUUCGAUACAGUCUUUUAGAAUUCAUCCCCAGAAGCCAACAUUUGAGCGAAUUGAACGAGAUGGAAUAAGCGCGAUAAAGUUUGAAGCAGCGCGGCUUCACUUUUCAAGUGAAGUUUUCGUAGCUAUCGCCAUCGUUGUUUCUUUAGCUCCUUAUUUUUUAUUUUUGCUGACAAAUGAUGUCCACCAAAUCUGUCGUUUCAUUCUGUUUAGUUUCCCCUAAUUAGAGUUAUUUGUUGUUGUUGUUGUUCUAACAUGUUAGCCGGUAAUUCUUUAUACACCUUUGGCAUCCUUUGCGUGUUUAUAUUGAGUUCGCCUCAUGUUAAGUGUUACUUUACAUCUUCAGUAAGUUCUAUGACCAUCGCGGUGAAAUGUUCAAUUCGUUUUCCUUCGAUUUCCUGGACACACUUCUUUUCGUCGACGACCUUGAUAUUCCAUCCAUUUUCACUUGCAAUUUCGGUAAGCCUUUCUUCUGAGCCAUAAAAGUAAGAGAAGGUGACAAUAAGUCGACCAGAUUCCUUAAGGUAUUCCUUUGCUUUGGAAAGAUAGCUUUGAAGGCCGUGGUAACCAGGAUCCAGAAGGCUCCUCAUUAAUGGCUCGACAUUAGUCCCUGGGGCCAUGCCAUAGCCACCCCACGGAUGAUUCCAGUAUAUCAUGUCAAACUUCCUUCCGGUGAUUUCUUCAUGAUCGAAGACGUUCGCCUUAACAGCGUGGAAACGGCUUUCCACGCCAUGAAGUUUUACAUUUGCUUUAGCGUUUUUCACUGCCUCGUCGAUGAUGUCAGUUGCCCAAACGUGGCAUUUCUCAGAUGACAAAGCCACUGAUAUACCAAUAAAGCCCGCGCCACAGCCUACCUCAAGGAAUUCGAUGGAUUCUUGUCGGGUUUUCUUCGCUAUUUCUUCGGUUGCCAUCCUGUAUAUUGUCGAAUUGACGAAGUGGGCAUGACCGUCUUCGGGUGGGUAAAACACUUCGGGAUAUACCAUAAAUUCCCUUUGAAGAGUGAUGAACUUGUGAUUGUUAUUUUUGGCUUGUUUUCUCAUUUCAUGUUCGAUAUCUUGGGAUUCUUCAAGUUCCUUAGUAGAUUCCAUGAUCUUCUUCCUUAUGAUAGUCUUCGAAAUUAAAGAAAAAAGGGAGAGCAAAGUUUUGUUGUCUCCAUAUAUAUUUUUUCCGGCGUCCUCGUAAUCAAGUGCACAAUCUUUUCAUUUUUAUCUUGAUUUUGCUAAUAACGCAUCUUCCCACGGUGUGGUAUUUGUCAUGCAUGGCCUGCCGGGGUAAGCCAUUUGUCUCUGUCAAAUUUCACAUUUUGUACUACUUUUAAAAAAGGCGGAAUACGGCACCAAGAGAGCAUGAUGCCGUAUACUGCUGCUUAUAAGUCCCCCAACUAAUAAGCCCCCCCAUUUAUAGGCCCACAUCCACCUGUAAAAACGAAAUAAAAACAAUACAUCCGAAUAUGACCGCUCAGGAUAUAAGCUAUCAUUGUGAUAAAUUCGAUUUAUUAUGACGUUUUGAAGCCUUGAUUAAAGCCAGUGUAUUUUGAUUAGCAUAGCUGUAAAUAGCCUGUUUCGAAGCGAUUUUUCCAUGAAUUCCACUCGGAUACGAGCCUUCCUAAAAGCCCCUACGAAGAUGUAUAAGUCCAGGCCUUAUAAACAAGAAAGUUUGAAAACUUCAUACUCUGUUAUUAAAAAAAUAACACCUCUCCUAAUAUAACUCCAGCCAGUUCAAAGUGUAAGCACGGUCACUGUGUAAUGUUUGGGAAAGAAGAGGAACAUGGCUUGGUCUGGCUUUAUUCCCUGGCUUUAGUGGAGAUGCCCACUCAUGGAGGCUGUUCGGAAUAACUGCUAAGGUCUAACCUUUGGUUUUCUGCAGUCAGCUCCACUUCACUCUAAUUCCUGUAUCUUUAACAAAGUCUUAAUCACAGCGAUGUUCUAUCUACCGACACUCGAGUGAUAUGUCGACCGAUAACGCGGUUGCAUGAUAAAAUCCACGCACUGAUUGGUUAUCGUUGCCACACCUUAAUUUCUAUUGACCGGAAAACUAUCCGCUCACUGCGAGCUACUGCUUGGGAAGUCUUCCCUGAUUGGCUACAGCAGACUCAUGAGGUUACAUGUUAGGUAAUGCCCUCGCUCCUUGGCCUUCUUGAAAAUAUUGACCGAGCAAGCAGCGCCACCUCGCAUUCUUUUAGAAGGCCGAGGAGCGAGAACCUUGCAAUGCAAACGUUUUUACGGCUUCGUCACGCGAAGAACGUCUGCAUGGGAGGCUAAGGAGCAACAUCUUUAUUCGUUUUUUGUUUUGGUUUUUGUUCUGUUUUGCUUGGGUUUGUUUUUUUGUUUUGGUUUGCUUUUUUGGUUUGUUUUGUUUUUAAAAUCGACUUUCCAUUGUUUUUGGAACUAGUAAGUCUUUAUUGUGUCCACUGAAGUAGAACAGUAAGUUGUUAUUAGAGAGAUUAAGAUAGAGGUUUGCACAAACACUGCAAACGGCAAACCGCGGUUAGAAGUUAGCGGUCACGCGUUCGAGGUUUGCUGCACGUCACGCGAUUAAGUUUGCGGUUAAUGUGGCCCGAAGACUUCUGGGAAGAUUACUCCAAUAUGGCGGCUGCAAGGAGGUAAAUAUAUGCGUCAAAACGCUUUUGAGUUCUUUUACUGCCAUUGUUUUCAUUUUCUUCAAAAUUUUAAAACUACUGUGAAAUUCUUGAAGCUAAGUGAUUACUGCCUUUUGUUAAUAGGAGAAAUUUUGGCCAGCUAUCGGAAGUAAUGAUGUACGAUCUUCUUGAUAGCAGUAGCAGUUCAAGUUCGAGUGACAGUGAAGAUGAAUUGGAUGUGCUUUUAUUGGAGUUGGCUACUACUCCGAGCCGAGAACUUGGACCCCACGUUAGUUUAGAUGACAUAAGUGAAAUCGACUGUAAACUAUUAUUCAGGUAUAUCAACAGAGACAGAGUUGUGCUUGAAAUGUUCGUGUUCUGCAAAUUGUUUCAAUCACUCUUACGUGUUUUCUUUUUGUUUAUAUCUUGUACGACUUGUCAACUUGUACCGUUCACAGAUUUGAAAAGGUCGAUAUUCCACGCCUCAAGAGUGCUCUACAAUCACCAGGAUAUUACAUUUGUCGGAAUGGCACGUGUGCCACAGCCAUGGAGGCGUUACUGAUAUUGCUGCGCAGAUUAGCCUAUCCAAAUCGUUGGUGUGAACUCGUUUCUCUUUUUGGAAGAGCCGAACCAGAAUUGAGCAUCAUUUUUAAUACGGUAGGUGGCCAACAUAAAAAAUGAGGUUUUGAAAAAAAUAUAUAUAUAUAUAUUAUAAAAUAGUUUUAUACUGAUAGGUGAUGAUGAUCAAAUACAGGGUUCCCACAGUCCUUGAAAAUCCUGGAAAGGAAUAAGCCCUGGAAAGUCCUGAAAAAUCAUUGGCUGGGGUCUUUGAAAAUCCUGGAAGGGGAAAAAUAUACUGCAAGUUUUAUUUGGAACAGAAGGUCCUUGAAUUUGCUAGAAAAUCUGGGAAGUCCUGGAAAAGUCAUUGAAUUUCACAUUAAGUUAAGAGUGGGGACCCUGGCGAUAAAUUUUAUUCCCCAAAAAAUUCAUGGUCUUUCUAGGAAAGUGCACACUCCAAGUCAAAGAUUCCUUGUGCAACAGAGAAGGAAGCUGUUAGUGAGGCUGCACAAACAGCAUCAAGCAUUUUUGCCAUAUUCCUUUGAAGAUAGCAAGGGGGAGGGGGGUUGGUAUAGAAAGAAGAAACCAUUUUAUUGGAAAGGAGGGGGGCGGGCUAUAAAAGAGGUCGCCAGUCUCUAUAGGUCAUGGUGGAUCCCUGAGGAGUACAGUUGUUUUGACCAGAUCCCCUAAAUGCUUUCAAAUCAUAGAUAAUGGAUGACAUCCACAAUCGAUACAGCCAUUUACUGGAUUCCCUGGAUCUCAUAUGGCUUGACACUGGACUGUUUUCAGAAGUUAUACAUGCCAAAGGGGCUCCUCUACAACAGUGCUGGGGUUUCAUAGAUGGAACAGCACGACCAAUAGCAAGACCUAUCCAUAGUCAAAGGAUUAUGUUUAGUGGCCACAAAAGAACACAUUGCAUAAAGUUUCAGGUAAAAUAAGUUACAUGUUGCUGAUGAUGAAGAAAUUCCAUUACUAAGCAAUUGUUUUCCUUGUAUAUACUUAAGCAGCUGAAAUAUGACAGCCAAAGCUUGAUUUUGGCAUAGAUGAGAGAAUGUUUUCCAAUUUGGCAGCUAUCAUUUGCCAAGACUUUUUUAAACUCAAGAUGCAAAAAUAAAGAAAAUCAACAUGGCAGGUAAACUGUGUCCCCUUAAAAAUGUAUACUUGAUAACAGUAUGCAAAUAAAGGUUAUUGUUGGACACUAUACACAAACGACUUUGAAACACUUGCCAUAAUGCUCAAGAAAACAGUGGACAGUAUCAAAGUUUUCAUCAAGUUUUUGACAACAAUUUGUCUUCUUGCAGUCAAUUCAAGCACCCAAUGGACUGAUAGCUCACAUGUUUGGACCAAUUGAGGGACGGAGGCAUGAUGCUUUCAUGCUUGGUGUGAGUGACCUGUUGCCCAAACUGCAAGGUUUUGUUCAACCUAAUGGGCGGCCCUAUGUCAUCUACGGAGAUCCAGCCUACCCCAUUACAUGCAACAUCUUGGCUCCUUUUCGAGGAGUCAAUCUAACCAUUCAUGAACAAGAAUUCAACAGAAAGAUGAGCAAAGUCAGAGUGAAUGUGGAAUGGGGCUUUGGAAAGAUCAGCCAGAAUUUUGCUUACUUGGAUUUUAAAAAAAAUUUGAAAGUUCUACUCCAGCCAGUAGGAAAAUAUUACCUAGUCGCUACCAUUCUGAUCAAUUGUCAUACUUGCCUGUAUGGAUCUCAAACAAGCUCAUUUUUUGAGCUGGAACCGCCAACACUUGAAACAUACUUGUCCAAUCAAUGAACAGGCAGGCCUUAAAAUAUCAAAAUUUUUUACUUUGGUUAUAAAAUGUUACAUUCUUUUUAGCAAAAGGAAAAUAACCACUUUGCAUUUUAUUGCAACUGCUUCAUUCAGCUAUGAGGGUCUCUGUUACCAGAGAUUAUGCUGAUCUGGUCCCCAGCACUGAAUAGAGACAUUUCAACAAUUUACUAAGUAAAAGGAACUUUCAUCUUCAAGUUCAAUUAACAAACUUUACUUUGUACUUAAAUGCAUCCAACAAAACUUUUCAAUCUUUUCAAACUGUUCUAACAGUACUCAUUGCAAGAUUGAACAUGUUACAUCAAAAAGACAGUUGGAAAGAUAUCUGAAGGUGGUCACAAUAAAAACUGAAUAUCAACAUUUAGAAGGAUUUUCCUUCUGUCAGCACAUGCUGGCCCACAAUAUAAACAAAAGAUACAUGUAUGGCCCUAGUAUGAAUAUCACACUGUACUUUAAUGAAGAUUCACUGUUUCUAUGCAGUCUUUUUUUCGGAAAGCAAGCUGGUCUGUUUUUGCACAAAGUGGAGACACAUUUAUACAAUCCCCUAAAACAUAACAGCAGAUUCAGAUGGUUAACACUGGCAUUUUGCUCCCAGCUCCCUUUUGGGGUGCCCAGUUCAAUGUUGAUGAGCAGACAUUCAAUACUGAUGAGAUAGACGAAGUGCAAACAAGUGUAGAAUGGGGCUUGUUGGAAGAAUUCUACAGUAUUUUGCAUAUUUAGCAAAUCAGUAAAUCAAGCUCACUCACGACAUAUAUACCAAAUCAGUAAAACAGACAAUAAUGCAAAACUUUAUUUCCUUUUAUGAAUGUUGAAUAUUUCAUACUUAAGAUAUUCAUUUGAAGAUAUUUCUCUCAAGGUUAUUUAAGAAAAAUACUGGUACAUUAUUUUUUUAAAAAAAUAUUUAUGUGAAGACAUUUCUUUCAGGGUUAAAACAUAUAUUAAAUAUAUUUUUGAAUAUAUUUCUUUCAAGGUUUAAAUAAAAUUUUGAACCUUGGACAAUUGUAUCAAUUAAAUAAAAUAAUAUAUUAUCACAUGUCAAAAAUAAACUUAAUGCAUGAACCAACUUUUUUCAAGGAUAAAACAAAAGCUUGUCACUUAAAUUUAAAAAUCUUAUAAGUCUAUCAUGAAAGUUUUUCUGCUAAGAAGGGCAAACACUUAUAGAUCAUUUCAUCUUGUUUAGAAUGUCCAACAUUGCCCUUAGUUCCUGCAUCUCAAGUUCCAGUCGCAGCUUUCUCUCUUCUGAUUCUUUCUCAAAUUUCUGAAUUUGAAACUGCAACUCCAUCUUUUUGAACUCAAUUUCUUUUUCCUUGAGACUGGCCUUUUGGUCGUAUUUCUCAGCCAGCAUUUCCACUGCACUUAGCUUUCCCACUCUUCUUUUUUUGCAACCUAACAAUAGCAGAGGUGACUAACUUUAGUGCUGGUGCCCCAAAAGUGGGUUUCAGUUAUCAUUGAUAUCAGAUUUGUUGUACCAGUUGAUGCAGGGUACCGUUCGUACCCCUAUUAAUUCAUCUUCAUGCCCAUCUAGCUACCUCACUGUCUACCUAUUGGCCAUCUAGCAAGGAGGGGUCAAGCAUUGGCACAUCAGUAAGUUGUACUAUUAGUAUGAAUUUGCCCCCCCCCCCCAAAGCAAAACGGUUGACCUGUCCCUUACCCCCCUCCCUCUUCAACCCAAAGUUUGCUGAGGUUGCACCAGCCUUUGUUUGGCCACCUAUUUAGCUAAUUGGGGAGUUUAUCAUACAUCUGUCAAUUAAAUGUUGGCCUGGGGGGGGGGGUGCAACCAGGGGUGGGGAUUUAGAUUGCUUAUGCCAUCAGGGAGUAGAUUUUGACACAUAACAUCUGCCGCCACAAGGAUAAAAUACAGAAAAUGUUUUGGUCAAUUCUAACAAAAUACAUUCUCCCGGGGGAGUGGCUUUUAACAAAAUCCCACCCCCGCCUACCCCCUCCCAGGUAACAUGCAUAGAUGCAUUAUUUCAACAUACCUUUUCCUUUUUUUGGUGACUCUUCGUCUGAUGAAAAAUCUUCAUCCAAGUUUUCCAAACUAGUACUGGAUGGACCACUUCCAUCACUUCCACGUCGUCUCUCUAAUUGUACAAAAUAUGAAGCAUUAGUUAAGUUCACUGUACUGUAAAGAAGGCCUGGGAAAUGAAUGAGGGACUGCUUAACCACCACACACACAGACACUCAUUUGCCCCAGGUGUGCAAAUUUAUCAACUUAAGAUUUUAAAACAGCCAUGACAAAUUGUUAACAGGUCUGGGGAUGGGGUGGGGGGCUGGAGUUUUAACUGACUGUCAAAACAAAAAUUAAAUGUUGGGUUCAACCAGGUUCAACUACAGUUAGUCGAGCGAUUCAACCAAUCCCCCAUGUCCAGUUCUCCAUGGCAACAAUAUACAGUCAUACUCAUAACACCAAAUUAAAUGUAUUUUACAGACACGAUCCAGUUAAUAAGCUAACAUACUGGCCAUCCCUUCCAUGGCAGCACGUCUCAUUUCCUCUCCUGCCUUUUUAUCCCUCUCCUCCUUGGCUUUCUUGGACUCCUUUUCCUUCUGUUUCGCCUCAGCAAAAUCUCUGCGGAAAGUCACUAUAUCUUCGCAAAGCUGUUUCAAUUCGGUGAACUCGUCCUCAGUUCCUGACCUAAAAUAUUAAAACACUUAUAUAACUGGAAGCUCAAAGCUUCUCUAUAAAUAAUCAGAAUAUGGGGGUACCUUUUCAAACAUCGAGAUUCUUCGGAUUUGUAUUUUUCAAGAACUCUGUCCAUACGCUCUCUGCAACUACGGCCUGUUAAUUCUACCGGCUUUUCUGGGGUUGAAAAGUGGUUGCUAAGCUUUGCAGCGAUAACAUCCCAAUCAGAUGACUUCUCAGGCCUGGCUGCAUCCACUUCUAUUGCAAGAUCAAUGUCGUUCUGAACUAACGGCCAUCUGAACGGCGCCAUUGUCUGCAAGAUGCAAAUCAACAUGAAUUACACUGUACUGCAAGUGUUUGGAAACAAAACAAGUUGGAUUACUGUGUUUGCUUUCAUCUUAAUUUAACUGUUACUACUUUACCAUGAACAGCUAUUUUAUUCGACGGUAUUAUCUGUUGACUAAAUAUGUCACAAAUAUCUUCUUUUCAAUACAGUUUUUGUGGAAGCAAGAACCACUCGUGGCUCGGCAGCCAUGUUGCUUGAAACUGAAAAAUGCGGUCGCGAUUCACAACAUAAUUGCAACUCACGAAUUGCAUCUCUGCGCUAAAACCAUAUUGAAUGAAAAUUACAGAUAUGUAUCAAUUAAUCUACACUCCCCUAACGCGACUUGUUUCAAAAUAAAAGCAAAGAAACCUUGAGGCAAAUGACUUACCACUUUUGGCGGAUGAAGUGCAGGUUUGCGCUUGAAGUUUGGCGUUGAGACUGCCGCCCUUGAACCAGUGCACUGAAGAACUGCAAGCGUCAAACGCCCUUUACGGCUUUUUGGAGUUAGAAUUAGAGAGAUUUCGUAAUAAUGUCCUCCUGUUCCACCUCAGUGAUCUCUUCCUUCAUUUAUUGAAUCUGUAAAGUAUAAAUUAUUUUCUCUCUAAAAUUUUGUUAUAAAGGUUAAGUCGUCCAGCGGAUAUAAAAUGAGGAGAACACUGUUAAAAUUACAAAGUUCGGACUUGUAGAUAGCUUUGACAUAACCCUUAUACAUCUAGUAAUGAAAAUAAAAAACUGCUAUUGAACAAAAUCGGACACAAGUGCAUAAAAAGACCAUUAAGAUACUUGUAAGUAAAAAUAGCGCGGUGCGUAAGUGCGGCGCUUUUAGAAGCGCCCAGGGGAAGAUCUAAAAUGAGACCACAGGGUUUACAUUUUACUGUAUGAUGCUAAUGUUUUGUUUCAUUUUUUUAGACAAGUCCAUGGCGUUUAAAAGACCCGCCUCAGAGUCCAUGGCGCAGAGACAGGUAAUCUCCUUUUAAAAAAUGUUUUAUGAAACGGAUCUUUGCACGGAAGCGAUAUUUUACAAAGGAAAAACGUUGAAGCUUGUUGGAAAAAACUAUGUAACACAGUGGCUUAACACCUGUAUUCAUCAUCUAUUAAUUUUUCUUGUAGGCUAAGCGUCUAAAGUCAGAUGAUAGUAAAGCAUCACAAGACCUUUCAAAGGUGCGUUCUCUCGAAAAAGUUAUUUUUCCUUAGAAUGCAUAGCCCUGCAGAAUUCCCAGAAGUACCCUCUCUCCAAGGAUUUUCCCGCCUUGCUCGCUAGAAAACCUUGAUGAAACUAAACAUACAAGGUAGAGAAAACCCAGUAAAAAGCCAACAAAAUUUUGUUCUCAGGGUUUUGUGGAGAUUACAAACAGAUAUUUCACGCCGAAUAUCAUUCAGUAGUUGAUCGCCUUUAUUUCUUCAAUCCCCGUCCCAAAAUCUAGAUCCCGUGGCGUAAAGUACAUAAAGCAUGCUCUGGCAUACAUUGGUUGUCUUGCUUUGACUGAAUCCCCCCCGGCUGGGAGAUAAAAGUUGUUACUACCGUGAAAGGCUAGGUGGGUCAUCCUUCUAUCCGAGAUGUAUGAAAAGUGGCUCGCCCAGGUUAACUCGGGUAGGCGAAGGUACCCUUCAACCCGGGACAAAAUGUAAACUGGACCUUGAAGUGAACAUACUGAAAUAAAAUUGGUCUGUGAAAAUCGUUAAAAAGCGUGGAAUAAUCAGUAAGUUGGUUGAUUCUGAUCAAUAGUAACCCUGUCAGGACCUGAUUAAUAGCUUGCGAGCAGGUUUUCCAUUUGGAGUAUUAUCGUGAGAUGUCCCCCCUCGCAGUUUUGGAUCUUCCUCGCGCGUUCCAAAGAGCUUGUUUGCAGGUUAUUGAAGAUGUUUUAAAAUACAAAUGAUGUUUGCAUCUGUAUCUGCUAUUGGCCAAAAGCGGAAAAUGCAAUAUUAUAGACCUUGUCACGGUUUUCGACACCAUCUUGACGAGUAGGCAACCGUGUGAGAAAUUACAGUGUUUGUAUGAGAAUCUAAUGUCGAAUAAUUUCCGUAAAACGGCUGUUCUGAAAAAACUAUCAAUUGUAAACUAAAGCUACAAAGCAUAGGAUUGUCCUAAAAAAAAUUGGGGGGCGUACCUGUGCUUAAAUUUCUCCAGAGGCUUGCUUUAGAUUUUCCAUAUAUUUGUCUGUAAUUUUCCCGGGACUUUCGUACAGACAAAUGUAUAGAAAAUUUUAAAAAGUGGUUCAAGGUCUUCUAGUGCAUGUAACGCCCUCAAAUUUUUUCAGGAGAAUCCUUAGGAGUGAAGCUUUGGUUUACAAAUCAUAUUUUUUCAGAAAAGCUGUUCUACGGAAAUUUUUCGACAUUAGAUUCUCAUACAAUCACUGUAAUUUCUCACGCGUUUGCCUACUCGUCAAGAUGGCGUCGAAAACUGUGACAAGGACUAUUGAACUGCACUUGCAGUGUAUGCAAAUAGAGACCUUUAGAUUCUAAGACGAGUACGACAACGAGUACGAGAUUUUCUCAAUAAUAUCAUAGGUGACGAAUUACUCCUUAAUUUUGGCGCGAAAUUUAAGCGUUACUUUGUAAUUUCACAUGUGAAAUUACAAAAUUGCCAUGGCAACCCUUCCGUACGUCUCAGUGUCAAGAUGGCGACGAAGUUUUAAAAUGCCCUGAAUGAAAAUGUCAGGGCAAAAAAAGACGCUUUAGAAAACCUGAACACACAAGAGAACAUCAAGAAGGAUUCUAACAGGUAUUUUGCCGAAAAAGUCUGAAAAAUUCUGAACUUAAGGUCUAAACAUUUGAGAGAGUGGAGUUCUCGAUCGAUACGAUCCAGGAUAAACAGGUCAAAAAUCCAAGAUUGCUAACGUAAUUCGUCACCCAUGAUAUUAAAAGGUAAUCAAAUGGUAUACUCGUGAAAUUAGGGAAUAAUUUCACUUGCGUUUUGUCCAAAUCCUUAUAAUUUCCCUCGCCUGAAGGCUCGGGAAAUUAUUAGGAUUUGCACAGAACGCGCGUGAAAUUUUUCCCUAAUUUCACUAGUCACCAUUUGAUUACCGAUACUAAUAAGGAGUGCUCGCGCGUGAACCAGCGUCAUUUUGGCGGGAAAAUGUGGUAGCCGUCGUCAUUCUACUACCAGUUUUAGCGAGAAUGUCAAAGUGGCGGAAACAAGUUAUCAAAUGUAAGAAGUUUGAUCAUUUUGCGAUCGGGAGAGGGCUUAACAUCCUUCACUAAAGGUAACAGUGGUAACUUUUCUACUGAAAAAUGGUAAAAUGAACCUUUUUCGCGAGUCUAUACUUUGAGAAUACGCGAAAAAAAUUUAAGUCAAAUCUCGUUCUCGUAGUCGUCCUCGUCCUCUAAUCUAAAGAUCUCUAAUAAAGGAGAAGUUGAUACUACUCGUAUAAAUCGUGUAAAAAACAAAAGAUAUUGCAAUAGUCGGCUUUACAUGAAGCACCACUCAAAACGAAAUUUAAAGAAUAGUAUGGUAUUUUCCGCUUUGGCCAAUUGUUGCCACAUUUUCCAUUUAUAGGACAUUCAAACAAUGUCGGAUGAUUUGAUUUCAUAUUUUUAGCAGCUGUUCGCCGAAAUUUUAGACAGCAAAUUGACUUUAAUAUUGGUGCUGUUGUUCCUAAUUUGUAGCCUCUCCGUGCCGUCAUAACAGCAGUUAGCGUCCCUCAGCAAGUCAAUUUACCAGCCGGAAUUCUGAGGUGAGUCACCUGCGACUUUGUUUCAUUAUUCCCUUUGAGCUACUCUGAAAAUAAAUAACUGAAUCAUAUAUAAAUACUCAGUUGAUUAUAACGGUAGCAUGAUCACAAAACAAAGUACCGGGCUCUUCGUCUACCACCAGAUCGAAUUGGAAUUUAAGAAGUGCUAUUUUUUUUUAAGGAGUGGGACGCUAGGCAGGGGGAGGGGCGCACGGGGAGCCAGAAAGAUAGCCUGCGAGAGCAUCCGGUUUUUUCGGCUCAAGCGUCUAGUUUCACCCGUAAAAAACCGAAUGCUUUCGCAGGCUACCAGAAAGAGAACUAACAAUAAAGUGAACCCACCUCUGACUUGCUCAGUUCAGUUCUAAAAUUCGGAACACCCCGAAAACAUUAUACUGUAGGUAAAAAGGUAAAGAGAAAAACACAUUUGUGGGAUAUCGAGAGCUUGCUUGCAGGCUAAAUCACUGUAGUCUGUGCUCGCUCCCAUAAAGGAAAUUAUUUUGUUUAUCUUAAGGUGUCCAGUGAACACCUAUCCGAUCUGUGACGCUCCACUUUCGAGAUUAGCUCGGGUGCAGCUUCGCUCCGUUACAGAAGUCGCGCCGAAAUCACUGUUCUUAUGAACAGAAGCCCUAUCUAGUAUGGUUUUUGAUUCGGCGCAAAAGCAAUCCUAUAUAGGGUGAACACAGCCCAAAUCAAAUGUAGAUCGGAGUUCAAGUCAAUUAAUUUCUGGUUGUUCGCUCUGGGCGAUCAGAGUGUAUUUAGUUCUUGCGCUCGUAAAAUUUCCGAGGCAAUAAUAGAGGUUUGACGUCAAUUCUCUCCCAAACGUAAAGCCAAGUUGGUUUUUUUUUCUCAGCCCUCUUAGGGCAGAACAGCAGAAGUUACAGGAGCGCUUGGCUGUCUUGGAAAGACUCGCCCUUGAGCAUGGUGAUUCACAAACAAAAUCCCGGAGCGCUAAAGGCGACUUUCCUAAAGGUGAGCAUAUUUAAAUGAUAUAAUUGUAAAAUUUUUAUUUAGAAUCUUCUAGCUGCAGAGCGCACUACCGCAAUAAGAAUAACGAGAAAUGUAAGAGCGAGAUGCUUUGAGAUUAUAGUGAACAAGGAAAUGUACGAACUUGCCUAGCGUUAUUGUCUUUAGUUCAUAGUGUGGGUGCGGAUUUGCUUCCAAAUAAAUGGCUUUCAACUACACGGGGCUUCUAAUCCUUUGGUGAUUGCAUCGUCACCCCGUUACAUAGCUAGAGGGUGAGCAUUGCAUGAUUGCGGACAGGUACCAUCAACAAAUGACGUCAUUCAAAAGAUUAAAAAGGCCCUAAACAAAACCUACACCACAAGAAAAAAACGAACCAACAAUAGUUUCCGCAACAUCACGAAAGAGCCGGCAAUAUUACUUUCCAGUGUGAACAAAUCUAUUUAAAGUAAUAAUAUUUGUUGAUCUUUAUCAACAGUGACUAGUACCACACGGCCGACUAUACCUUCCCAACAAAACUCCGGCCAACAAACGGCAGGUCGUUUUCCUUUUAAAGAAGUUAAUAGAUCAGAUGUAUGUGACUCGCCUGAUUGUAUAAUCAUCUCACCACGAGCAAGAGAGCAGGUGGGUUGCUAAGCUAGAAAUUAGGUUGACCUUGACUGAGGUCUCAAAAACUUUUUGAAUUGUUUUUGCCUGUCUGCACAAAAACGCAAGUCAUUCAAAACGAUAAGAAAACGGUACCAUCUUUGAUGAGAGCAUGCGCGCUUACUGGUAUCUAACACCUUGACGUAAUCUUUUUCAAAAAUCUCCACUCUGGUGUGCGUUUUGAAAAGAUGCAUUUUCGGUGACCCUUUUCGUCGGAGAUGUGUGGACGGUGGACCAAACCGGAGAAGCAGAUCUCCGUUUUCAAACAAAAACGGACGGAUGCGUGUGGAAGGGGCCUGAGAAUUGAAAAAUACUUGCUAACUCGGUUGGUUAGAAUGGCAGUGGUCAAGGGCUUGUAUCCCGGCAAGCCUGAAAAUUUUUAGGCUCUCUUUACACAACUGCAUAAAUUGCUUAUUUCUUUGCGUUGAUCUUCUCUACAUCAUUUUCUUCAUCUCGCGGUUCAAAUGUACGAUUUUCAUAAAUUCAUCAUUUUUUUAACUCAACUGUUAACCGUUCACUCUCUUUUUCAAAUGAAGACGAACUCUCACGGAAUUAAAUUUCAAAGAGUCAUAUUCAGGUUCAGAAAUGGAAAGGGAAAUUGGUCGUCAUUUGUUAACCUUCUCCAUAACAGCUGGAUUGGUCACAGUCCCCUAUUUUUCCGUAAGAUGGUCGAAAUCAAGCGCGUACCGUUACGGGAGGCCAUUCCUCCCUCCCCCACCUCGAUAAAGCCCCGACGCCUCACUCACACUUCGGUACAUUUGAAACCAAAACGGCCGCCUGUAAUGCUAAGCGCUCAAUCCCGGCGAUCUUAUGGAAAAAUAGGAGUCUAUGUCGGAACAGUCUAAUAAAACGCAAAAACUAGGCGAUUUGAAGUCUCAGUCGUGCAGCGAGUAGAGAUGUUACUUUCUUAAUUAAACCCUUUGACGUCCUCGUUGCCGUCGUCCCUAAUGAACCGAUUAUAAAAACGCCUCAAUUUUUAGUAAUUUUGUCAGGAAAGCCAAGUUUGACAGAAAUUGAAGUUUUGUUACAUUUUUAAACAUCGAUAAUUGCUGUUUUACAUUGUGCAACUGAAAGGAAGGCUCUUGGUUCCGCUGUUCUUUCACGGAAAGAAGCUGAUAGAAGGGUCGUUCACAGGCGGUCCUGUAAGAACAGACCCGGUGAUUUAAGUUUGAGACCUGCCUCUAGUAUAAGUAUCCUGUUCCUUACCGUCAGUGAUAAUGUUUUUGCACUUUUUUCUGUCUUUUACAGAAAGCCACUCUGAUAGAAAAUUUUAACGUCAAGAUAAACCCUCAUCUUCAGGAAACACAUCGUAAGAAACAGAUUAACCUAAAUUUUACCGAUCAUACUAUUAGUGAUGAAGUUCUGUUCUUGUCCUGCUCGGCUUGUUUAGUGCAAAAUAUGUUGCGCUGCGUGUUAGGGACAUUUCGUGGGAUUACCCCUUUCGGUGCAGUGACCCUCAGGGAUAGUCUGGAUGGGAAAGUGUUUAUAGUAAUGGUUGACAGAAACAACAAGCCUGUAUAAACUCUAGCCUGCGAACGCAGACGUAUUUCCGGUCUUACUUUUCGGGUGGAGAGAAGCGACGACCGGAAAUUCGUCUCCGUUUGCAGGCUAGCGUAAACUCCUGGGUUAAAAAUUUUUCUUGACAAGUAAAAUCGCGACCCUUUAAAUUCCAAGAUGAUUACGACUUAAAAAUUCGAGUAAUUUCCUACAGAUAUCCCCUUAAUUUCAUUCUUUAAUGUAUUACCUGUUACAAAAGGUUGCUGUUACAGUAAGUGGCAAGAUUGAUGUGACAUAGGGGUUGCGCCGUUUCUUAAGGAAGAACCAAAUUCGAUCUUACCAGCUAGGAGUGACGGAAUUCCUUAAAUGAAAUCUAAGUCAGCUGUCUGAAUUUUUCUUGACCUGCACGGAUCCAAAAAAACUACAAAUUGCUACCGUUUUUUUUUUCUUAAGAUUUGAGUUCCGCCACGUUCUCGGCGGUUAACGAAUCCGUUUUUGCAAUUUUUCGUUUCUUUCGCAGUAGCCUGUACAAUAGAUGCUAUAUACUUCUUUCUUGUCCCCCGACUGUUCCUCUCUCGCGCAAGGGUAAAUAACGCCCUCUGUGUACUAAUGUGGUUACUUUUGUCUAACGAAUCUAAGAAUCUGUAAUCCAGGAUUAUACACCAACGCAAUCUAAUUGUUUUGAUAGGGAAAGAGUUGUUGUCGGUAUUAAACAACGGAACAAUCAAGGAACUUAAGAAGCUUCAAGGUGUUGGCGAAAAACGUGCACGACUGAUUGUAGACUGGAGAACACUUCAUGGGCCUUUUCAACAGGUAAACAAAUACAGUGAAAACCUGCAAGUAAGAACCCUGUUAGGCUAAAAUUUACCACUUAAGCCCACUCUAUACAAGAACCUGUUUAGCCUAAAAUUUGAAACGGGUUAUUUUCUGAAAUCUAUUGAAAUAUUCCGUACACUUUGGCUUAUUAUUUUAUGGCAUUACAAUACAUGUAUGUUACGUUCCGAAGGAGGAUUUCAAAAUUCUUGUGGUCCAGUUCUUCCUACAGUUAUUUUUACGUAAAUACUAAUUUGGUGUGUAGAUUUUACAUAAAGAAUACCACUAAAUACCACUAAAUACUCUUGGAGCUCUACAAUGUUUUUUUUUUUUGCCGUUUAUGUAAGAACCUGUUUAGGCUGACUUGAAAAUAUGUGGGUUCUUACUCGUGGGUCUUACUGUAAUUCUGUUUACGUUUCACAACGCGACCGCCGGACCAGGCGAGAGCCACUUGCUUUUGCAUAUUAUGGUGCAUUUCAAAGGUUCGAUAAAGAGAUUGCCUUAAUAAACAAUUGCUAAAAAAGAAGGUAUCCAGGGAGUUUCUAGAUACACCAAUUUUAACUUAAAAUUAGUUCACAAGAUUUAUUGAAGUUGGUACUGAAGAGAUCAAAGACCCACUAUGGACUCGAUCGAUCUGUGGCAUUUGGUUCGUCAACUCAAACUUUAAAAUUUGUACAGUUCGUAAUCUCCUGCCCGGCUUUUCCCUUCAUCAUCGGAGGGUGAUGUUUGAUCAAACAGCCACGCAUGUGCUGAUAAAAGACAAUAAUUAGAAAAUAUUUGCUGUUCCUUAAAUAUGUUGCCUUUUUCAUCUCACUAAGUUGGCUGCCUAGAGAGAUUAAAGACCUUUAGAUUCUAAGACGAGGACAACAAGAACUUUCUCAAUACUAACCCCUUGGUCACACUCGGGCUAGAAUCGUGCUUGCUUGGUCAAUUUUUGUUUAUCUAGCAAAUUCCUAGCGUGUUACAAAUGUGACCGACCAAACUUGGCAUUGCUUGUUUGCUUGAUAAAGAAGGCGGAGUUGCUUAAACUUCAAAAGAACCUCAGCUCAACUCAAGAGCACUGCGAAGUGCUCUUGAGCUGAGCUACAAUCCUGGUCAAAACGUUUGGGAAACUUUGUGGUUCGGGUGAGGAAAAUGUAUUUCCCUCCGUGUUGGGUGUUACAAGUCAAACACUUUUUACAUAUUUUGCAUACGCUAAGGACCUCAACUUUGCUCAGGGGGGCUGGGGGAAAAUCUGGAUGGAUGGAGGGUUGGGUGGGUGGGUGGGUGAGCGGGCGGACGGACGGACGGAUGGCACUAUCUACAUUAUAAAAAAUAUUAAAUAAAAAGUCGCUUUCCACGAAUGCCGUGCCCUAAAGUAUUUGUUUAAGAAGACAUUUGCGUUUAUGAGUGUGUAUCGCAGGUUAGCUGUAAAUUCCAUAGAAAUACACGUGAAAAAGGGGAGGUGUCCCAAAACCUUUUGGCCGGGAUUGUAGAUAAACAAUUAACCAAUCAGGACAGGCAUUGUUUGACAGCUUUAUCUUUCCUUUAUUUUGGCGCAUUAACAAGUGCAUGCAGACUGUUGAGCGUCGUGAGUUUUUUUUCUCUUCAAAAUAUGUCAAGCUCGAGGACUCCGUCUCCGUUUGAGAGUUCAGUCUCAAGGACUUCGUCAAUUCCAUCUCCCAUUCCGUUUAACGAGGUGCCGAGACAGUUUACAAAUUUAUUUCCCGGAAGGUGGAAACAAGUUAUCAGAUGUUAGAAAAAUUAUCGCUUUUAUACGAUCUGGAGAUCGCUUAACCUCCUUAAAUAAAGAAAACAGGUCUAACAUUUAUGGGUGAAAAAAGUACAAUGAAGCUUUCCGGAGUGUCUAUUUUUUUUAGAAUAAUUUGAAAAAAACCCUCAGUCAAAUCUCGUCCUCAGAUCUGAAAGGUCUUCAUGGAACUUAACCCUAGCUCCGCGGCUCUUACCACUUCUGUACUCUUCUAAUUUUUAGGUGCAUGAGUUGAAACUGAUCGAUGGAUUUACUGAAAAGAUGGUCUCUACAUUCCUUAAGGUACGAAAUAAAAUGUACUAGUUUUUUCCAGGAUAUACAUGAACGCAGGGGCGUUCCUGGGCAUUUUCCAGCUUUAAGCCCGCUACCAAAAUGUUGCUGGAUACGCUUAUUAAUUUACAUCCGUACAAGAGGCGGAUUUUACAGGUUGUAAAGUAACUUUAGUUGGACCUUUAAGUUACAAUCACUUUACAUAAAUGUUGUAUUUCCCUACUUCUAUACAAUAUGAUGAACGCAAAGGCAACGCUGUGUUAGCGUGGCAUUCUAAAAUGUAAAGCCGAGGGCAAGUUUUGUGUACAUUUGUUUAGAAUUCGAAUGCCAAUCUGCGGGGUUUCUUGGCGCAGUGCUUUCAGACCACCUUGUCUGUGUCGAUACUCUUGUCCAUGUACGCAUGUAGAACUAUGAGCGCGAGCCCAGAGAGCUUCUCUGCUGGCAUAGUAGAGCGCAAGUACGUCUUGAUCCUUCACAUACAACUAAAUGAUCGUUCCGGAGUUGCUGUCGACACUGGCAUCGUCAAAAUAAGUGUGAGAAUAAAUAUUACCAAAAAACCUUUUUAAUCCCGUGCUUGGCUUACAGUCAGGUACGCCCCUGCUUGAACGUAUUACACUUCACUUGUUCAGUCUUUUCAGUUUCAUCAACUCUCUGCUCAAUGGAGCAGCAGCGAUGAAUCAAAGGUACUAAAUGCAGGACUGUCAAAAAGUUUUAAGUAGCAGUCUGAUAAUGAAUAGUAGGCGGCUUUGGAACUCGCACCAAAGGCACAGUUCUUGAGGGCCGAGGCAUCUAGGGACAUUUUGAAAUUUAGAGUCUCGGAAAUGGCGAUUGCAGGGGUUUUCAAGAGGUAUUUUCCACCGCGGACGUCAUGUUGUUUCGUCAGAAUACACGCAAGACUAGGGACGAUGCCGUCGAAAUGUCCCAGGCGUUCCACGACAUCGCACGGCUCGAACGUUUCACAGAUCUAAACCUGCUCAAAAACGCUUUAAAUUUUAUUCGAAACUGGGAAACGAAUUCUUUGCAAUUUUGUUCGACGGUGCUUAAUUUUUGUUGGCAGUUAUAAAUGUGGCGGUAGAAGGAGAUGAAAGUAGCCGGCUAAGGAUGGCUGACUAGCCAGCGGUUUUGGCCGGCUACCGGCCCUUACUGACAACCCUGCGAGGUAUUGCAUUCAGCCCUCCACUUGUAUACUUUGGACUUUGGACAUUCAUUCCUGGGGUCAAUUUAAUAAACCUGUAAUUUCCUGUAAUUUACAAGUGUAGCUAUUGUUCUCGAACUCUAAAACAAUGGCUACACUUGUAAAUUACACUUGACAAAGUUUUCUUGAAUUGACCCCUGGAAGAGGAGUCCAAUACCGCAUCCCGUGCCAAGAUUUUGGCGAAUCCCGCGUCCCGAAUAGUGGUCAAAUCUCGUAUCCCGUCAACAAUUUUUGCGUUUUCCCGAAUCCCGCACUGUAUUUCGGCAGGUCUGUCAUUAAGAGGCAGGGGCCGGAGAUUUCUCCCGCCUACUUUCAUAGGAAAAUAAAAGAAAAAUAGAGCCAAAAGAAAUCCUUAGGUGUUUGAUUCCCUGCCUACUUGUUGUAUUUACCUAGCAACUUGAAAUAUUUGUGACCUCCCUGAAUUUUUGGCCAAAUCCCGGAUCCUGAAGAUAGCCCUCUGCCACCCAACAAAACAGAAAAUUCAUGAGAAAAUAACUCCCAACCGUUUUUCUUGUUUUCACUUGCUUUGACAGAAUAACCUGUUGAGCCGAAUAACGUUCAGCUGAAUGAAGAUGGACUGAUAGGAAAUCCCGCACAGGACCAUGCGGCGUUAGCUUAGAACGUGAAGAACAAAAAGAUUACCGUGACAAUCCGAAGCGAUACCGAACAUUUCACCGAUCUGUGAUAAACUCAAGCAAAAUAAUUUUUUCUCGCGG